UCUGUUGACUCUAAACUCAAAACAUCCUCCCAAUGGGUGGCUCCUCUGUUUCCCUUCUCAAACCCUCAAAUUCUUUCAUCAUUUUCGUCUCCAUCUUGGUCCUCCAAGCUUGUCAUCAUCGUCUCAUUAUUUGCCAAGUGAUGCCCCCAUCUCCACCACCAUCCCAAGAUUUGAUGUUCUUGGACCAAAGACUCGCCGCCGUAUACCCCGUAAUCCAGCAAUUCAAGAACACCAUCACCGCGGAUCCGCAAGGCAUCACAAACUCUUGGGUCGGCCCCGGCAUCUGCAACUACACAGGCUUUUAUUGCGAUAAUCCGCCAGACAAUCUCACAGCCACCGCGCUUGCAGGCAUCGACUUCAACGGUUACCACCUCGGCGCGCCGACCCUUGAGGGCUUCCUCGACCAGCUCCCGGACCUCGCAAUCUUCCAUGCCAACUCCAACAACUUCUCCGGCGUCAUCCCACAGAAGAUUGCACAGCUCCCGUACUUCUACGAGCUCGACGUGAGCAACAACAACUUCUCCGGGGCAUUCCCAGCCGCAGUGUUUGGCGUCAACCUGUCUUUCUUGGACAUUCGUUUCAACUCCUUCACUGGGUCUGUCCCGCCACAGGUCUUUAAGCAAGCCCUCGACGUGCUCUACAUCAACAACAACAAAUUCAUGCAAAAGAUCCCAAUCGACUUCGGCUCGACCCACGUGCUCUACCUCACCCUGGCCAACAACAGGUUCACGGGCUUAAUCCCGAGGAGCAUCGCCAACGCCUCCUCAACCCUGAUCGAAGUGCUCUUCCUGAACAACCAGCUCAUGGGUUGCAUUCCUUACGAGAUCGGGUUCUUGAGAAAGGCCACUGUCUUCGGCGGGGGCAACUAUCUGACAGGACAGCUCCCAUGCUCGCUUGGCUGCUUGGACAUGAUCGAGCAGCUCAACUUCGCCGGGAACUUCCUGUACGAUGCGAUCCCGGAGGUUGUGUGCUCGAUGCCGAACCUGUUGAACUUAUCGCUAUCGAACAACUACUUCAACCACAUCGGGCCAUUGUGCUGGAAGCUCGUGAAGAGGGGAGUGCUGGACGUGAGGAUGAACUGCAUCUUCGGGCUUCCCGAUCAGAGGCCGCACCAUGAGUGUUUGAAGUUCUAUUUUCACUCGUUUUGGUUCAGUUGGGUCUGUCCGUGGCAAUACUUGAUGAGCGCCAUUCCUUGCAAAAUCAACUCAUCUUACAUUAGUCGUCCACCGGGCGCUCGGACAAAGUCGGUCACUUACCCUGCUCUUAAUCGACACAGACUAUUGUGAGGAUGACUGGUGGUUGAGUGUGUUCUUCGUAUUCAUGAAGAAAAUAAUGACGGGAAGACCAUCAAUAAUAACCACGGAGACUGCUUAUAUGGUUAGGGAAAUGGGAAUUUUUUGCACUUUUUGUCGAGUCCCGCACGCGAUGUGAAAUCUCAUGCUCACGUCAUAGUUGAAGUCAUCCUCGUUGAAUAAGGUUAUUAGGCAAACCAAGGGUGUUAUGAGAAGCAGAGGCAUUUUAGAAACUAUAUGAAACGUGGUGGGACCUCUUGCAGCUUCCACUGUUUGAUCACAAGCGAUUUCUGUCCUGUUAGACUAAUUUAGUAAAUUUCUCCUCAAUAAGAGAGGAAAUUUUCUCUGGCCAUGCCUGUGACCGGUGAAUUACAAGCAUGAACAUCAUUCACUUGCAGAUUUAGAUAUCGGGCAAUAGUCUUUCCCAACACAUGUUGGAGAGCAUAUCGGUGGGUCAAGAGACAGCAGGAUCACCCACGUGCAAAUCUAACUAGAAUUAAAUGCUAGUCAUUUUAUGCCCGUCGCAUAACAGUCAGAAGUGUGGUUGGAGACAAAUAAAGGUAAUGUCCACAUUUGUACUUCACCAACACUCAGGCGCAUUUUGCCCCACGCUCAUUGUCCCCACCCUUCGCCCCCUUCAGAUGUCAAUCUCAAAGCUUGGUCUUAGUUCUUGUGCUUAUUCUUUCAAAUAAAAAA